AUGUUUCCCGGGGACUCAAGCUCACAGUAUCCCUCAUCUCAGAACAGGAACCCUACGGAGGAUCUGUCAAAGGACCACCCACUCUCUCCACCAGCUGUCGCGUAUCCGCCGACGCUGAUUGACUCCACAUCACCUGUCUUUCAACAGGAGCUCCAGAUCCCGGGCUCCUCGUGGCCGGUCAAUAGGCCCGUCCCUGCUGUGCAAGGUGGUGGCUCUGUAUCAAGUCGAUCGCUUCCUGCCUCAAUUCACCCGCAGAGGUCAACGUCCUCGUUAAAUUCGAGCACGAGCAGCUCUUUACUUGGCCUAGACUCGUCUUUAUCUGCUCAGCUAUCUCUUGACAGUUCUCAUCCUGCCAGGGAGCAGCAGCUAUCGUCUGUUGAAACCCCUCGAGACGGUCUUGGAAUCACUUACCCGAUGGCCGUCGCAUCAGAUCCCUACUUCUCCGGCCCAAUGCAGCCGAAUCCCCAGAACUAUAUGUGGGCGAACCGUCCUUUUCAGCCCUUGCAACCUCCUUCAGGCCAUAUGAAUCAACAUUUCCCUCAUCCUCAAUCUUAUCCUUCCAAUGGCUUCUCCGUUGGCGGCUAUAAUGGACACCCAAACGGGGCGAUGCACAGCUACCCACCGCCUCAAGAUUCCCAGGGCGCUUCGUACCUGGCCGCAUCGCCCGGCUAUGCAGGCCGACAGAAUCAGUCACGAAGCAGUCCAGCUGUGGCCCGGCCGUUCCACGCUCACUCUACCCACUCUGCUCCGGGAACUCCCCCUCUAAGUGAGCAACCAAUGAUGACCUCCUCCUCUCCUUAUAUGAUAAAUCAACCUGCCUACUAUCUCCCUGACGCACCUUCAAUCCCAUCCUCACACCCGUCUAUGCCUGUUAGCUCUCAACCACCCUCGCUGGUGUCCAACGAGUCCCUCUAUUCGUCACCAGACUCAGUACCUCCUGCAUCCGAGCCCGAGCAUCAGGUCCGAGUGAUUAGUUCGCGCCCUCGCCCGCAAUGCUGGGAUCAUGGCUGUAACGGGCGCGAGUUCUCGACCUUUAGCAACCUGCUACGACACCAGCGCGAGAAGUCCGGCGUGGUGGCCAAGGCUGAAUGUCCAAUCUGUGGUGCUGUGUUCACCCGCACGACAGCACGUAACAUCCACGUUGCGCAGGGCAAAUGCAAAAGCGGAGGCCGGGAGUCCUCCACCGAGUAG